GAUAUUACGUUACGCAUACAGUAUUUUACAGAAUCAUACGGAACGAUUAUCAAUGCAUCAGGAAUGCAUGUUAGGGACACAUAAGGAACGCAAGGAUUUCCAUUUGGUAUCUGCUUGGAACGUGUCAGAAAUUAUG